ACAAAACCGCAAAGUGUCUGUGCAAAGAAAUCAUUUAAAACAUUUAACACGUGACCUCCAAUGGACGGAGUGUCAAAGAUGUGGUGCCGAUGUACUUUUAUCAGAACGAGGAAGCAACUGCUGUAACAGCAAAGGAAAGCAACCCGAAAAACUUAUUGAACUGCCCCAUAUACCGGAAUGUUACAUGCGCUAUGUUAUUCGUUCAAAAUUGCUUCAAAAAAACUCCAGAAAAUACAAUAACUUUUUUGCCAUGUCUGCAACUGGAUGUACAGGACAGUUAAUUCCCGGCACAAAAGGACUAUCUAACUUAAUCUUGAUAAAUGGCAAAAUAUAUCACCGGAUGCUCAAUGGAAAUGAUCCUCGCGGACCGCUGCGUUUUUUCAUCCAUGAUAACACCUAUAUCCGGGAAGAUAUUAACAAGUUCCAGCUAUCACGUACAAUAAUUUCACAGAUCACCAAAACGCUGCAAACGAAUAAUCCUUUAUGGAGCGAAUUUCAGCAACUUUACCAAGAGUGUCCAGAUCAUGCACGUUUGGAAUUGACCGAAACUGUAUCUAACGAAAUUGCAGCUCUAAUUGUUUUCGAUAAAAAUGAGCCAAUUCAAGAGCGAUCGAUUAUCUGCUGGAAGAAAACAAGUGCAGCGCCAACGUUCAUUCGCUCCACUUCAAACCUAUAUUUGCCACUACAAUACGUUCUUAUCUGUCCAUGCGGAGAACCAGGAUGGUCACCAAAAUAUAAAGAACUACAUAAUUUAACACAGCUUGCGUUCCACAGACAAAUGAUUUUACGGCACAAAAUAUUGCAUUAUUUUGGCGGUCUAUUUAACGAGUUCAUUGUGGACAUGUAUAGCAGUGUGGAAGAGAAAAGAUUGGACUAUAUACGGGAAAAUCAACUAAGGUAUAUCAAGGAAAACGACCUAUUGUUUGAUGAAACGAUCAACGCAGACGGACCUAUCAAUUCGAGUAAAAUCUAUCUACCAGACAGUUUUCCUGGAUCGAAGAGAGCACAAAGAAAAAGAACUGCCGAAGCGCUCGCAAUAGUAAGUCAUUACGGAAAUCCCACAUUUUUUAUAACCUGCACAACAAACCCGAAAUGGCCCGAGAUUACGACGAAACUAAAACCCGGACAAACAGCUGCUGACCGACCCGAUAUCGUCACCCGCGUAUUCAACGCGAAGAAGAAUCUGCUUAUCAAUAACGCUCACACAAUACUAAACGGAAAAUCCAAGAUUUAUUGUAUCGAAGUGGUGGAAUUUCAGAAGAGAGGACUUCCGCAUGUACACAUUGCUCUGAAAGUACAACAGGAACCACCAACCAUGGAAGAAAUUGAUGCACUUCUUUCAGCAGAGAUGCCACCGGAAAGUGAUACCGAAGUGUACGAACUCGUAACAACAUACUCAGUUCCAUUCUCAACUUUAUUUCAGGAUCGACACUAUCAACAGCUCUGCUCGAUGACCUAAUCAAACUGCAAUAUAUUGACGCGCCGCAAUGCGAAAGUAGUCGAAGUACUUCACAGCUGUCAUCAAAUUCUGAGGACGAAGAGACGAUCUGUACACAGAAAAAAAAGCAAAAACGUUCAAGCGGCAAAAGAAAUGUUCCUAAACGGCGACGAACUGACCGAUCUCCGUACUGAGCCACUCUAUGGAUGCUAGAUAGCAAUAAUUAAAUGAUAAUUAUAAGU